ACCUGUCUCAUCUCAAUCUAACUUCUAUAACAAGUAUGAAUCAUGACUGGCACGGGAGCAGAAGAAGUGCUCACCAUGGUAAACGCUGUGAGGAUGAGGACGAGUCCGUCUACAUCGGUGUUCCGGUGUCGCAGGGCACCAGGAGGAAGCGCAGGCAUCACCGGCACACAUCACGCCAUUCACACGACCGGGACAGUCAUGACAGACGGCACAAUCGUCACGAGCACACGGAUCGAGAGGAAGCCUGUGAGCCUGAUGAUGAGCGGGAUUCAAAUGAGCUGCUCUCAGACAUCAACUCCACCAUGUCCCCCGCUGCAGAGAGACUGCGUCACAUUCUCAGAGAGGACGAUGAACCCACACCCACUCUUUUCACUGAGAUGGACACACUGCAGCAUGAGGGCGGAGAGAUGGAGUGGAAAGAGUCGGCCCGGUGGGUGAAGUUUGAGGAGAAGGUUGAGGAGGGUGGAGAGAGAUGGAGUAAACCUCACGUGUCCACGCUGUCUCUGCACAGUCUGUUUGAACUGCGCACGUGUCUGCAGACCGGCUGCGUUCUGCUGGACCUCGAGGGAUAUUCACUGCCGCAGAUCGUGGAUGACAUUGUAGAGAAGCAGGUGCAGAAGGGUCUUGUAGCUCCAGAGAUCCGCGAGAAGAUCAGUUUCGUUCUCCUGCGGAAGCACCGUCACCAGACCAAGAAGCCCAUCCAUCGCUCGCUGGCAGACAUCGGCAAAUCCAGUCCUUCCAACCCCAGUCCUCGCUCUGCUUCAGGUGUUCAUCGCUCCACUGAGGACCUGCGUUCUCGACAGAGCGGAGGUCUCAGUAAACUGCAUCCAUCUCAGUGUCGCAGUAUGAAUGAUAUUUCCGUCACGCCCAGCUCUGAUCAGCUGAAAAACAAGUUCAUGAAGAAGAUCCCGAGAGAUGCAGAGGCGUCCAAUGUUCUCAUCGGAGAGGUGGAUUUUUUGGACAAACCCUUUGUUGCAUUCGUCCGUCUGGCUCAAGCCGCCACACUCGGAGGUCUCACUGAAGUCCCCGUACCAACAAGGUUUCUCUUUGUGCUGCUGGGACCAAACGGCAAAACCAAAUCCUACAAUGAGAUCGGCCGUGCCAUGGCUACUCUUAUGGUUGAUGAUCUCUUCAGUGACGUUGCUUAUAAAGCCAGAGAUCGGGAGGAUCUGAUCGCAGGUAUCGAUGAGUUUUUAGAUGAGGUGAUCGUUCUUCCUCCAGGAGAAUGGGACCCAAAGAUUCGCAUUGAGCCUCCCAAAAAACUGCCUUCAGCAGAUAUGAGGAAGUCUGUUUUCUCUCUGAAUGAACUCGGACAGCCCAAUGGAAAUGCAGGAGGAGGUCCGGCGUCCGCUGAAGAUGAGGAGAUGCCUGCUCCUCAUGAACUCGGAGAGGAGCUGGCGUUCACCGGCCGAUUCUGUGGUGGACUCUGGCUGGACAUCAAGAGAAAGAUGCCCUGGUUACUCAGUGACAUCUAUGAGGGUUUUCACAUUCAGUCCAUCUCCGCUGUGCUCUUCAUCUAUCUGGGCUGCAUCACUAACGCCAUCACCUUUGGAGGACUUCUGGGAGACGCUACAGAUAACUACCAGGGUGUGAUGGAGAGUUUUUUGGGCACGGCUCUGGCUGGUGCUGUCUUCAGUUUGUUUGGUGGUCAACCUCUCAUCAUUCUCAGCUCUACAGGACCAAUAUUGAUCUUUGAGAAACUGCUCUAUGAAUUCAGCAAAAACAAUGACAUUGACUACAUGGAGCUCCGGCUGUGGAUCGGUCUUCACUCAUGUCUACAGUGUCUGCUUCUGGUGGCCACAGACGCCAGUUACAUCAUCAAAUACAUGACCCGCUUCACUGAGGAGGGCUUCUCCAGUCUCAUCUCCUUCAUCUUCAUAUCUGACGCCAUCAAGAAAAUGACAUCAACCUUCAACUAUUACCCCAUCGAUCGAGACUUUAAACCCGAUUACAUCACCACAUACAGAUGUGACUGCCUGCCACCUGAUCAAGUCUCAUCGUUGGCUCACAAUGCUUCUUCUGGAUUAGGCAUAGACAACAUCACCGAUUACCCAAUGUUUAACUUCUCGGCUGUGGACUGGAGUCAGCUGAAUAAGAAAGACUGUGUGAGGUUUGGAGGGUCUCUGGUGGGCAAAUCCUGUAAAUAUGUUCCUGAUCUGGCGCUCUUGUCUUUCUUCUUGUUCUUUGGCACGUACUCCAUGACCAUCUCUCUCAAGAAGUUCAAAGCCAGCCGAUAUUUUCCUACAAAGUGUCGUGCACUGAUAGGAGAUUUUGCCAUUGUUAUAUCCAUCCUGGUCUUCUGUUCUCUGGAUUAUGUGAUGUCAUUGGAGACGCCCAAACUGCAUGUGCCCACCCAGAUUAAGCCCACCCGACCGGAUCGUGGUUGGAUCGUCAUGCCUUUAGGAAAGAACCCGUGGUGGAUUUGUCUUGCCAGCUUUGUGCCUGCGAUGCUGGUCACCAUCCUGAUCUUCAUGGAUCAGCAGAUCACUGCCGUCAUUGUCAACCGUAAAGAAAACAAACUAAAGAAAGGUUGCGGUUAUCAUCUGGAUCUGUUCUGGGUGGGCAUCCUGAUGGCCGUUUGCUCGUUCAUGGGUUUGCCGUGGUACGUCGCGGCCACCGUCAUCUCCAUCGCACACAUUGACUCUCUAAAGAUGGAGAGCGAGUCCAGCGCUCCCGGAGAGCAGCCGCAGUUUCUCGGUGUAAGGGAGCAGAGACUCACGGGCACAUUAGUGUUUGUCCUGACUGGAGUCUCAGUGUUUCUUGCACCAAUACUGCAGUACAUCCCCAUGCCUGUGUUGUAUGGCGUGUUUCUCUAUAUGGGUGUUGCAUCUCUCCAUGGCAUUCAGUUUUGGGAAAGGAUAAAGCUUUACCUGAUGCCGGCCAAACACCAGCCGGAUUUUGCGUUCCUGCGUCACGUCCCCCUGCGUCGUGUUCAUCUCUUCACGCUGGUGCAGGUCACCUGUCUGGCCGUCCUCUGGAUCCUCAAGUCCACUAUGGCUGCCAUCAUUUUCCCCGUCAUGAUUCUGGGUUUGAUGGUGGUACGGAAGAUGUUGGAUCUGGUCUUCUCGCAGCACAAUCUGGCCUGGCUGGAUGAUAUCCUGCCUGACAAAGACAAGAAGAAGAAAGAGGACGAGAAGAAAAAGAAAGAGAAGAAGAAAGCAAAGGCGGAUGAACAGAACAGUGAUGAAGAGUCAAAGAAACCCAGAGAAAUCCCACCCUCAGUGAAGAUUCCUCUGGAUCUCAUGAAUCCAAACCCUCCCAACUCAGAUCCCUCAGUGUCUGACUAAGUAGAAGUCUCACCCUCAUUUCACCCGAGGGCAUGCGAGCCUGACCUGGAUGACGUUCAUGAACCAGCCCGAACCUUCCGGCCGAUGCUCACACAGUCUGUUUGUCCUCACACACAAGCAAAUGUGUGAUAUUUGUAUGUACAUUACUAACGCAACAAGUGACGCACAUUCUCAAACCCACACCAGCCAUGUUGCAAGUGAGUCAUUUUAACUUUGGAUCUCUCUCAAGAUUCUUAAAUUAAAUCUUCCACAGAGCUGAUGCCAGUCUGGCACACAAACACACACAGAACAUUUGCUGUGUCAGUACACGAGAUUCACACAUCUACAUUCAGAUUCAAACACAGUAAGACUGAUGUACGUACUUGUUUUGGAAACUAAGAGAAUACCUGAAAAGAAGCAAUGAGAGAAUUGAAUUAUGUUUAUGAUUAUAUUAUAUAAUCAUAUUGUACAAUUUGCACUGUAUGAUAUUUAAUGUGCAUUUCAUAGAAUCUAGUGAGACAAUCACAAAUAAAUUGGUUUAUAGUUAGAUAUAAACUGAUUCUAGGUACUGUAAUAGAAUUUAUUGAAAUGUUGCGUUACAUUUUUUUAAACGUUCCAGUUGGAUUGUCGAUAUAGAUUUUGGGUUCAUAUAGUAACAUUUUCUGUUUUAAAAAUCAGAUAAUAGUAAUUUAGAAAUGGCAAAAUGUUUAUUUUAUUUCUGUAAUUUGACAGUUUUUGAAGAAUUUUCAUUCGAGAGCAGUGGAUUUUGUUUGUUUGUUUAUUAGUUUAAUUAAAAUAAAGAAAGUUGCC